UUUAAGCAUACGUUAAUGAGGAUGGAGGAUUUCUUAACUGCCGGAAAAUCUGGCAAAAAGCCUUCAAACCCACUUCCUAGCGUGCUGGCACGUUCCUUCCUAAGGUCCUACGGUGGUGGUGAGGAACUAGCUUGGUAUGGAAAUGCUCCAACAGGGCUCAGUACCCAACUGUCAGUCUCCACUCGCCAGGAGAUCUUGCGCUCUGAUUCAGUCAGGCAGUCCGAUAGGGGAAUGCAGUCCUUGCUGCUCUUCGUCGUGUGCAUCGCUCUUCCACGUUUUCUCAGAGCAGAUGUUUUUGAGAAUGUAAGUGUGAACAAUGAGACAGCUUCAGUAGGCCAGCCUACAGCUUUUAAUUGCAUAUGCUAUCUGCCAACAUCUGGGAAAGUAGUAGAUGUGACAUGGUAUAAGUAUCCUAGCAAAAUCCCAAUAUCUAAAAACAUACAGUCCAGAAUUCACCAGGACCAAGGCUGGAUUUUGUUUCUCCCCCUGAAAGGAGAGGACUCUGGGAUCUACCAAUGUGAUACAAAUGACACAAACAUCUGCCCCAGAAUGCAAAUCAACCUAACUGUGUUUCAAAAGCAUUGGUGUCGUACUUCUAAAAAGAGUCAACCAAAUGUAGCAGAUGAGUACAAACAAAUCCUACACGUUGGAAAAGAUGAUAUUCUUAUAUGUUAUCUGAACUUCCCGAACAGUUUUGUUUUGAAUUCAAUCAAGUGGUAUAAGGAUUGUAAAGAGAUUAAAGAAGAGCGGUUUAUCUCUAAGGAAAAAAAGCUUCUGGUGAAGAAUGUCUCAGCAGAGGACAGAGGGAACUACGCAUGUCAAGCCAAGCUCACGUACGCAGAGAAACAGCAUACCAUUUUAAAUAGCAUUUCUGUGGAUAUCACAGAAAGAGUGGGAAAUGGAAGAAGAAUCCCUAAGAUCAUGUAUCCUAAAAACAAUUCAAUUGAAGUAAAACCUGGCUCCACCCUCAUCGUGGACUGCAAUAUAACAGACUCGCGGGAUAACACGAAUCCACGCUGCUGGAGGGUCAAUAACACUUUGGUGGAUAAUUACUACAGUGAAUCCAAACGAGUUCAGGAAGGAAUUGAAAACCACACCAUUUUUCCAGAACAUAUUUUUUAUACCGUGAACAUAACCUUCUUAGAAGUGAAAAUGGAAGAUUAUGGCCACCCUUUCACAUGCCAUGCUGGAGUGUCUGCCGCUUACUUUAUAUUAAAACUCCCAGUUCCAGAUUUUCAAGCUUACUUGAUAGGAGGGCUUCUCGUCUUGACUGGCAUGGUGGCAUCUGCUGUAUGGAUCUACAGCAUCUUUAAGAUUGACAUCGUACUUUGGUAUAGAAGCACCUUCCAUGGUGUAGGGACCACUGAAGAUGGGAAGCUGUAUGAUGCCUAUGUCUUAUACCCCAAGCCUCAAAGAGAAAGCCAGAGUCACGAUGUGGACACACUUGUGUUGAAGAUUAUGCCUGAGGUGCUGGAGAAGCAAUGUGGAUACAAGCUAUUUAUAUUUGGCAGAGAUGAAUUUCCUGGACAAGCUGUGGUCAGUGUCAUUGAUGAAAAUAUCAAGCUGUGCAGAAGGCUGAUCAUCAUCAUAGUUCCUGAAGCACUGAGCUUGGACCUACUAAGGAAUAUGUCAGAAGAACAAAUCGCAGUCUACAAUGCUCUCAUCCAGGAUGGGAUAAAGGUCAUUCUGAUUGAGCUGGGGAAGAUGAAGGACUACACAGCCCUGCCAGAGUCACUUCAAUACAUCAGACAGAAGCAUGGGGCCAUCCAGUGGAGUGGGGACUUCACAGAGCAGUCACAGUGUGCAAAAACCAAGUUUUGGAAAAAAGUGAGAUAUCGCAUGCCACCCAAAAGGUGGCCACCAUCAUCUCCUGUCCAGCUGCUGAAGCACACACCCUGUGACCUCACAGCUGGCAAGCGGGAGGCCAACAUGGGGUUCAUCACCCUGUGAUGGAGAGUUUGUCUUCUGGGGUGGCUCAUAGUUAAGCAAUGAUGCAUUACAUUUGGGCCAUUCCCUUGAAGCUUGCAUUUGGGUGCUUGGGAAAAGGCCUCUGUUUAUUGGCUCAUUUUGAUCAGAGCUACUUCUUGAGGGAAAGACCCCACCUCUCCCAAAGCUCCUGUUAGCCUGCUGGCUUGGAACAUGCGUGAAUACUUGCUGAGCAUGGAGUAUUAGCAUCUGAGCCCUGGAGCGUGGGGCACAUAGGGUUGUAGAGUCACAGUUCAGCUGUACAGGAAGUUUGGCACAUGGUGUGACCCCUGUGGGGCUGCAGUUGGGAGCCUGGGUAGUCAGGGUACAUAGGAGGGCAGACUGUGGGCUUGGAGAGGGCACUGUGUGUUCUUUUCAUGCCUGCCCAGCCCUUGUCCUCAGGGAAUACUUGUUAUUCCUCUGAGCCCCUCUCACUCCUCUAGUGCAAAUAAAUAUCUGUGACCUCAGUCUUGGCACCUUGGUCAUCUAGACCCAUGGGGACCAACAGUGGCCCCACUGGGAAUGCCCAUUAAUCACCCUCCUGGAGGGUCCCAGAUGUUGGAAGACUUGACCUAUCAAACCAAAGUGAGGAAUAACUCCCUUAUUUUUCCAGCUGGCCCAUGUCAGCUGGAACACUGAGCCACCUGUGAGAGACGCAGUUCCCACCUUGAGAUUAUGUAGUUCUAGUCCAAAUGAAUGAGGUGACCUUUCAGUAGCCAGUGCACCCUCCUUCCAGGUCAUUUUUGGUGUAACAAGCCACAAGGCUUUUGAACACUGAGAACGAGCUGUAAACUCUUAGCAUUCCUUUCAAAGACUCUAACUGGAGGAUCUGAGAGGUGGUCCAACCUUCUUCUGUGGCUGACAACACCAGCCUUCAAAGACGGCUGUAUGGGCAGAAUGUCUGUGUCUCCAGGAUUCAUGUGUUGGAGUCCUCAGAUCCAACAUCAUGAUAUUAGGAGGCGGGACCUUUGGGAGGUGAUUAUGUUGGGAGGGAGGAGCCCUCAGGUUGGAUCAGGGCUCUUAUAAAAGACCCUCCAACAACUUUCUUACCCCUCCCACCACAAGAGGAUAUAAUGAGAAGUCUGUACCCUGGAGGAGAGACUCCACCUACAGCCGCCAAAGCUGUGAAAAAUAAAGCGUUUGUUCAUAAGCCA